UAAAAGUUUAUUUAUUUACUUGUAGGUUGUAUUAUGCAGUGAGCCAGAUUUACAGAGUGGAUUUUCCAGAGAUUUAUUUGUUGCAUGGUGUGGCAAUCCCAAGAACAGCAUAAUUCUUACCAACAGAACUUCACCAAAAACUCUGGCAAGAUGGCUCAUAGACAAUACAGACAAGGAGACAGUUACAAUGGAGGUAAGAAGAAGAAUACGUCUUGAAGGGACAGAGCUUGAAGAAUAUAUGAAGAAAAAGCAAGAAAAAGAACAAGAAGAGAAAAAUAAAAAGGACACUGACAGAGAUGAAUCAAGUGAUGAGAGUGAUACAGAGAUGGAAGUUGACAGUGGCAUACCUGUUCCUGGAACAUCCAAACCAAAACAUGAUAUUAUCAUUAAACAAGAGGGUAAAGGAAGAUCAGGUUUUUUCAAACAAGCUAAAAAGUCAUACCCAAUGUUUCCAUAUACAGAAGAAAGAAUGAAAUGGGAUGAAUAUGGUGAAGUGAUCAGGCCUGAGGAUUACAUGAUUGCAGAGGCUCCAGUCGCAGAUGAAACCAUGUCAACUGAAAAACUAGUUGCAGAAUCCGACCAACUUCAAGAUGUAUCUGAAGUGCCAACUAAAUGUAUUGCUGUCACAGUAACACUAGACAUUAAUGCAAGUAUACAAUACAUUGACUUUGAAGGACGAACAGACGGCGAAUCCAUGAGAAAAAUACUGAAUCAGAUUAAACCAAGACAGUUGAUUUUGGUUCAUGGUUCGGAGGAGGCUACACAAUCUCUGGCUGAAUAUUGCCGAAACACACAGGGUAUGAUACAAGGAAAUGUAUUCACACCUAAAAUUGGUGAAACUGUUGAUGCCACGACAGAAAGUCAUAUAUUCCAGGUAAAAUUAAAAGAUUAUGUCGUAACAGCGCUUGAAUUUUCAAAAGCAAAAGAUGCUGAACUUGCCUGGAUUGAUGGUUGCAUUGAUACGAGUUUGCACAAGGAUGAUCUUGAUCAUGAGAUGUAUGAUGAUGAUGAUGAGGUAGACACUGAUAAAGUGCUUAAACCCAAAACAGGGAUGGAAAAU